AUGAUCUGGCGGACGAUAGGCUUCAGCUUCUUACUCGCUGCCAUGUCGGCAGGCGGCGUACUCGGCCAGUCGGUGGCAGAUAUGAUCUCUUCAGUGCCUGAAUGUGCUUUGCCAUGUGUUGUCCAAGGUGUCUUGGGCGGUGGUUGCCCCAUGACGGAUGUCAAACUACUCGAGGACUGUGUGUGCACGAAUAACACGCUGAUGGCCGGCCUUUCGACUUGCGUUCAGACGUCCUGUGACUUUGCCGACCAGGUCACAUCCGGCAAUCUUCUCAUGACCAUGUGCGCCGCCUAUCCCAAGGAAUCCCGCGUCGGCGAGGUACGAACCGUGGCCAUUGUGGCGCUGGCCUUGUCGUCAGCCGUGGUGACGGCCCGGUGCAUUGCCCGAGUCCAAAUGACCAAGAGACUAUGGAGCGACGACUGGACCGCCAUCUUUGCCACCAUCAUCCUGCUCGGCGGUGCUGGUCUGGAACUGGCGGCUUCGAACCUCGGCUUUGGUCUUCAUUUCUGGGACGUGUACGUGAAUAAGGCGACGCGGCUGCUGCAAAUGUUCUACACCAUUGAGAUCUUCUACACGUGGGUCAAGCUGAUCGCCAAGGCGUCCAUCAUCUUUCUGUACAUGAGAGUCUUCACGGCUAGAUGGUUUCGCCGAGCUUGCUAUGGCUGUUUGGCAUACUGCUGCAUAUCUCUUACCAUCUUCACUUUCGUCAUUGCAUUCCAAUGCUCGCCCGUCGAGGGUGUCUGGAACCGCUUCAUCAGCAAAAAGUGCCUCGACGUCAACGCUAUUGGAUAUGCGGGAGCGGUGCUCUCUGUAGUCGAGGACAUUGUGCUUAUUGUACUGCCAAUGCCGGAACUCCGAAAACUGCAGAUCAGUGGACGUAAGCGUAUCGGUGUUGCGCUGAUGUUUGUUCUGGCGUCGUUUGCGACGGUCACGAGCAUGAUUCGCCUCAAAUACUUGGUUCAAUUCAGUACCACGUUGGAUAGCACGUUUGACAAUGUUGACGCUAUUGUGUGGUCGACGAUUGAGCUAACCUGCAUCAUCGUAUGCGGUUCCUUACCACCACUGCGACCGUGGUUUGGAAAGCUCAUCCCUUCCAUCAAUACCAUCAAGUCCAUCAGCAAGGCUGGGGCCCGCUCUAGGAGCAAGUCGAGCCCCUCGAAUCCCAGGUCUGGAAAUAUGACGGACCAAAGCCAGUCGAGGACGUACUACCCAGAGGACAAGGAGCUGAGAUCACCAUCCAGCGAUGAAUACCCUUUGAAGCCGAUGGAUCACAAGAAGAUCUGGAAUGAGCCUUGA